AUGGCUUCAGAAGGAGCAGCUCCAGUGCUGGGAACGGAUGUCAUCAUGAACCCUGGUGCCUCCUUGUCUGAUUUCAUGGCAGUGCUCUAUCCUCCACCCAUUCCUGGCCCCCAGGACCGGCCACCCUGGGGGCAGCACCUGCCACCUCCCAUCACCCCAGCAUUCCCUCCUGGCAGCAGCCUGCUGCUGCCAGCUUUCCCCACGACGCCUUUGGUGGCUAAUGGUGGCCGUGGACCCAGUGCCCCUGGGGCUUGCAACCUCACUGUCCAAGUCAGGUCACAAGGGAGGCGAGUGGAGGUCCCCCAGACUCAGACCUUUAUCAUAACUCAGGGCCCCCUCACCUGGAGCGCUCCAGGGGCCCUCAGCGGGACUGCUGCAUGUCCUGCACCCGUAUUCUUAGCACCCCCUGCGAUGGAGACCAUUGUGACUGCUCCAGCUGUUGGAGUUACUCAGGCUGGCAAGGGAGGCUGGACCCCAGGCUUUCCUCCUCAAGCUCCACCACCAGCUGCCCAGCUGGCCCCUAUCAUUCGCCCAGUGAACUCUGGGCCUUGGCCACAUGGCACUUCCAGGGAGGGCAGCCUGGCCACCAACCAGCCCUACGCCUCGCAGGGUGACUGCUCUAACCCCCAGAGCGUGUACAGUAACUUCCGACGUUGGCAGCGCCUCAAACCACUGGCCUGGAGACACCUUCCCCAGAGUCCUGAUGCAGAAGCUCUGUCCUGCUUUCUCAUCCCAGUGCUUCGAUCCAUGGCCCGCCUGAAGCCCACCAUGACGCUGGAGGAGGCACUGUGCAGGGCCGCGCAGGAAUGGCAGCGCAUAAGCAACGUUGACCGGAUGAUCUACUACAAGAUAGCGGAAAAGUUCGUGGAAUUUGAGGCCGAGGAGGAGAUGCAGAUUCAGAAGGGGCAGUGGAUGCAGUGCGCGCAGGACCUGCCUCCUCCAGCCCCACCGAAGCUGGAUCCUCGGGGGCCCCCAGCCCCGAAAGUGGGCCUUCAGCCAGCCUGUGCUCCCAGGAUGUCCGGCCCCAGGGCCCAGCCCUCCUGCCCAGAGCCACACAGGUCCCAGCAGCCCCCGGAGCCCAAGGCACCCAAGGAGAUUCCCCCUGAGGCUGUGAGGGAGUAUAUGGACAUCAUGGAUGCGCUGGUGGGGCCCGUCCACUCAGCCACAGGCGAGUCAGAUGCAGAAGGUGGAGAGGACGGAAAUGAGCUGAAGCAGGAAGAGGACGGCAUCUACUCCGACCCGGGCCUCUUGAGCUACAUUGACAAGCUGUGUUCCCAGGAGGACUUUGUCACCAAGGUGGAGGCAGUCAUUCACCCUCGAUUCCUGGCAGAAUUGCUUUCCCCAGACCCACAGCUGGAUCUCUUGGCCCUAGUGGAAGAGCUGGAGCAGGAGGAAGGGCUCACGCCAGAAGAACUGGUGCAGAAACGACUCCUGGCCUUGAAAGAGGACGAGGGUGUGCGGGCAGCCCCGAGUCACAGCGCACCCGGAACGCGCUCAAGUCCUUCUGAGUCCGACGCCGGCCAACGUGCCCAGAGGCAUGACCAAGACCCCCAUCUAGGGGGUCAAAGGCGCGCUGGCCCUCUACGGGGACCCAGGGAUGCGUCUGUUCUCAGAGAGGCCUCUCCUGUUCGGGAGGCCCGAGGGCCCAGGGACGGCUCCAGUGAUGAUGACGAGGAGCUCCCCAGCCUGGCCUUCCUGUUCGGCUCUCUGCAGAGCCUACUGCCUGGCUGGGUGUCCCAGAGUCCUGCCCAUGCCUCAGGCCUGGCCUCCCCUGGAGGUUGGGGGGCCCAGAGUGCUCCCCACGCCCCCUCCCAUCAGAGAAGAGGCCUCAGCCCAGCUCCACCAGCCGCUCCCAAGUCGAGGAAGCGGGCUCUGUGUGGACGCCCAGCCGCUGCUGAGAAGCUGCCCAUCCCCGGGGCUGGCCUCGGGGUGUCUGGGAGGCCAGGCUUGGCUCUGGGGCCUGCUCGCCCCUCACAGCCGAGAAAAAGAAAGUGUGACCCGUGUGUCACUGAGAAGAGUAGGAAGUGGAAGAAGCACUGCAGUCAGUAG